AUGAGCGCGCUCACGGUCGGUGUCAUCAUUGGCUCGGUGCGGCCAAACCGCAUGGGUCUCCGCGUCGGCAAAGGCGUGCAGAAGGUGCACUUGAUCGACCCGGCGCCGCUUCAAAUCCCGCUGCUCAUUGACCGGUACGCGGCGCUGCCGGACGCCGACCGCACCGCCGGUCUCCGCGAGCUAUACGCCAAGAUCGCUGAGAGCGACGCGUAUAUUGUCGUUUCGCCCGAGUACAACAACAGCUACUCGCCUGUGAUUUCCAACGUCAUGGACUACUUUUACCACAACGAAUACUACUACAAGAGCGCGGGCAUCGUGACCUACUCGAUGGGGUACUUUGGCGGCGUCCGCGCGGCCGGCCCGAUCCGGCCCUUCUUGGGACAGCUCGGGUUGACGUCAAUUCCGCUCACGGUGCCCGUACCCAAGGUGCAAAAUUUGCUCAGCGAUGACGGCGACUUGCUGCCGGACGCCGGCGGUAGCGGCUUUGCGCUAGAGAAUGGCGCAGGGAGCUUCGUCUCGGAGCUCCUGUGGUUUGCCAACGCGCUCAAGACAGCGCGGGAAGAAGGCUUGCCCUAG